AUGGCUGCAAUCAACAACUCAAUGACCAAUCAAGACGGCACAAGACCCGUUGAAUUCCCCGAGGAGAAGAUAAUACUCAGCUACGACGACGUCCAGUUGCGCAUCAGCCUCAGUGCUCCUGGACGCGUUUAUGAUGCACACGGCAGCAUCUUCCUUACCAACAAGCGUAUAGUAUUUCUCUCACCCGCCCACGAAUCCAUUCGCAGCCUCAGUGUGCUCCUCCAGUACGUCGCUGAUGGCUACCUCGCCCAGCCACUCCUCGGCGCGAAUCGUUGGGAGGCUACUAUUCUGCCUGGUGGGAGUGGCAGCGGUAUUGACGAUCGGGGUGAUCGGGGUGAUCGGGGUGGUGAGAAUGACAACGACAACAACGACAACGACUACAACCAACACACCUACUCCAACGGCUUCAACCAGGGCGCUGACCUCAAAGUCUGGUUCAGCCAGGGAUCCACCUUCGAAUUCUACCAGGGGGUUGAAGAAGCCAGAGAGCGUCUGGGUGCUUACUCAAACGCACCCCAGAAUGAACCCCUGCCUAAAUACGAAAGCGAGUCUAAUCACAGCAGCAAUCCUACCCCAGAUUACUCGUAUCAGGUACACGACGAUAGCGUGCACGCUGCUAUGGCCGCUAGAGGUGCUGAUGCGGACGCUAACGAGGAGAGGCAGCAGGGACAAGAGAAUCCACCGCCGUACAGUUCGUAUAGUUAA